AAAUUUUUAAUAAAUAUAUCUUUUGAUGGGAUAUUUCGGGAAUUGGUUUAUUAUUCUGCUAAUAUUCAGCUUGGUUUAUUUUAUGGAGAGUUCAGAUGUCAAUAUUAGCCACUUCAGAUCCAUUGGCGAAGGAAAGAAUGGAUUUCGUAAUAAUGUUGGUCCCUUGCUGCCACCUGAAAUACAUCCCUACAUUAGCAGUGGCUAUCGUCCCAUAAAUGUUGAUCUAGAUCGUCAUGUGGUGUCGAUUAGAACUCGCGAACCAACUGCCUAUUUUGGUGAUAAUCACUUUUGCGCUGGCGCCAUCAUCACAUCGAGCAUUAUUAUUACAGCUGCCCAUUGUGUUGUGGAUGGUCACCGCAUUGUUACCCGUCCACGUCGGCUCCGCGUUGUGGCUGGCUCACCAAAUCGUUUGAAAAAGGACCAAACCACAAUGGAAUUUAUGGUCUCGAAGGUUAUACCACAUCCAAAAUUUCAACGUCGCAAAGGUUAUGAUAUCGCCUUGUUGAUUCUCUCUGAUUCAAUACCGAGAUCAAAUACGAAAAUAAAAAUCAUAUCAUUGGCCAAAUAUCGACCGCGCGUGGGAACUGAAUGUCAAACCCUUGGAUGGGGUCAACUCUAUGUGGAUGGCCCAUAUGCUGGUCGAAUUACCUAUGGCAAUCUUAGUAUAAUUCCGAAUUCACAAUGUUUGAAAACGUAUGGACAUUACUUUACAAAAGACUUACUAUGUGCGGCCAAUCCAAGCGAUCCAUUUGUGGAUACUUGUCGUGGUGAUGCGGGAGCUCCACUAAUGUGUCACAAUAAAUUGGUGGGUAUAGUUUCGUUUAGCAGUACAUGCCGUUAUUUCAGGCCAACAAUAUUUACCGACAUAACAUAUCACACCAAAUGGAUAUUGGCAAUGGGCCGGGGAGUCAAAAUAAAUCCACAAUGUGUUACAGCUCUAAUACUUCUUCUUCAGCUGAAUCUGGGGUUAAUACGAAAAAGGAUGCGACACUGUUGGUCGAGCCACCCUCUCUUUAUUUGCUUUAAUUUAAAAUAAAGGUUGAAUACACUUUUUAAAUAAAAACCCAACAAAUGUA